AAGAUUGUUUCAAAGGAUACUACUACGUACAUAUAUUUAUGAUACAUGUAUCUGUUAUGCAAGAAAAUCAAUUUAUUAAAUAUAACAUAUCGCAAAUCGAAACGAUGCGUUUCGAGUUGAAUAAUUGAACGAAAACAUCAUGAAAUAUAUUUGCAUUUUGCUAAUGAAGAAACCGCAGUUCCAAAGUUUAGCUACGACAAUUACCAGAUUACCACUUUCUCUGUAUCAGAAAACGUACGUAAUAUUCCGACACUUUCCAAGUAAUCUAUGAACCUAGGUACGAUUGGAAUUACUGACCCACUAUCGUCGCCUGUAAUAUGUCAAGAUUACCGCACUCUUCUCACUUUCACCUUACUUUACUUCCCGACAGAUAACGAAACAUAUUCCGUUAGCGUAAAGCGUAAGAGAGAGCGUUCCAACGUUCCAAGUUGUUUCUCGCGCGUGUUAUAAUCGAUGCGCUUCAGGUAGCUUCAUUACCAUUACCAUUACCGUACAGUACGAUCAUUUCUCUGUUCAUCGAACUCCGUGACAACGAUGUAUAACGGUUAAUAUGUAAAAUGUAUCUACGUAAAAAUAAUUUAUACCGUUAAUUGAUAGAAUAAGAGAAGGCAAACGAAAGGAAAAGAUCGAUUUUGAUGGAAUCAACGUGGGUGAAUGUGGGUAUGCUAAAAGCAUUGCAGCAGCGAUGGAAAACGUACAAUUAAUUUUUCGAAUAAUGUAAUAAAAUGUUCGGUAAACGACGAUCAAAUUUUCCUUGCGUUAAAAUUCAUCGCACAAAAUUGGAUUAUUGCCAAGAACAGAUGCGUUAGUAUCGCUAUUUACUCCGCAUUGCGGAUUGAAAUACAUUUAUCGCGCGAAAGGGAAAAUGUUUGCGAUUAAUGUCCGAUUGUUCCUGCGAAACGUGUCCAAUAGGCUGAAGCGGAGCUCGCCGCGAGAGAAUAAUACCUGAACUUGGAUUUCUUUUAUAUAACAUGUUAGCGCAUAAAAUAACUAAAUACAGAGAAUACAACAGGGUAAAGUAUCUAAAUAUAAGAUAAAAUAAGGAAGUAAAGAAGUUGAUUCAAACUAUUGUGGUUCAUUUAUGUAUGAGCCAAUGAUAUUAACUAAUCUAUGAUAUUUAAGAAAGAAAUGACGAUUACAGGGGAGAUGAGCAACAGCGCUGGGUUAGGAUUCGGCAUCGGUCUCGGCGGCGGCGGCGAAGGUCCAGUCCUCACAGCCGCUCAACAACGCCAAGGGGUAGUCACGUUUUUGGUGAUGCUAGCUGUGCUCUGCUUUAUAUUCGCUUAUUGCUGUUGGGGCGCACCGUUCUGCAGAUCAUUGUGCAGACGACAUUGUUGCUGCCAACUCGAAGAUCCAGAGCCGGAUUCACGAUUUAGCAAUAACGAUCAAACUAUGGUAGCAACACCAACGAUUAUUCUCUUGCCACACGGUAGGAUGCUCGUUGUGGAUGGUACGAUCUUCACGCAGUUUCAAACCGAUCCAACUGGUUUAGAUUUGGUGGAACUAGGUGAUAGCGUACUACGUGCUCAAAGAAAUCCACGAGGCAUAAUUCGACAUCAGCUACAAAACAGCCAAGGUAGUAUACUCGAGAUGGAUGCAGAAACGUCAAGCAAAGAUAGCUUAGGAUCCGUUGGGUGUUUUCCACCACCAACUUACGAGAGUAUCUAUGGUAAAGAAGAGUCGGAUAUGCCGCCAUCGUAUUCCGAUAUCUUACUACACAGGUUUGCCAAUCUUCCUCACGAGAUAGAUAUGCACGGUUAUUGUCACGAUGGCAAAGAAGAAAUUGAAAUGCAAAGUUUAGAUGGUUGUCCGCAUAUACUAAGCAAUCCGAUGAAUACAAUAGCAUACCCUUAUGCGACCGUAACGAAUUUCUCGAGUCAAAGCUUCCCACGAAGGACCGUCUCGAGAAAUCCAUCCAUCAUUAGCAAUCCACUUGAUAGCUAUUACGUCGAUAACGAAUUAGAAUUAUACCGGUUGAGUCAGGAGAUGGUACCACGAGUAUUUAGUAACGCGAACUUUGAGACUCUUAGAACUUAUCAAGACGAAACCUCGUUUUAUAACGUGAACGGAAACGUAAGCGAACGACAAAGCGACACGUUGUCGAAUAAUGGAAAUUAUUGCUUGUCCGAUAAUAACAUUCGAAACAACGAAAGAGUGAUCCCAAAUAAUACCGAUCAAGUAUCGAGGAAUAUAACGUCGGCAAAUGAGUUAAUGAAUACAAGAAAUCUUGUUCGAAGCAUGUCGAGAACUAGCGAAGAAAGCAGAAAUAACAUAGAAAAUUCACAGAGAGAUAACCAAGAGACUGGAGUAGUUUUCGUCCGGAUAUCACGUUCCGACGAUUGCAACAAUAGCCAGACUUCGCAAAACUGGUAUAACGACGCAACUGAAAACGAUAGGUCGAGAGCACAAGCAAAUGAGGAAGAUGAAUCUAGUCUAAGAAAUAUACAUCCCGAAAAUGGCCAGACGGAUGAAACCAAUCACAAUAUGGAAUCUAAUCCGAUAGGAUAUUAUAUAAGAAAUCAAAGCACUGACGAGGCUGUCGGCAGGUCGCACAGGCUAGAAAGCGAGGCUGUUUAUUCUGAUGAAGAGACUAGAAAUUUUGGAGCACUGGCAGACAUUCGCGAAAGUCGGGUAUAACGUGAGAUAUAACACUGAAAAUAUAUGAUAACAAUCGAUAGGAGGUAGAAAACUCUCUGACCAAAGGUGCAUAUGUCGAUAAUUACAUUCUGUAAAAAGCUUAUAAUAAAAGUGAAAAUAUAUUCUAUUAAUGUAACAGUUUAUUUUCAUGGAAAUUAAUUACUUUGAAACGUAUCUUAAAUAAUAAAGUUCGCAGUACUAAGAGCGCUCGAAAUUUAGUAGAGAAAUCUAUUAUUCAAUUGAAAUUAAUAUUAUUUCAUUUAUCAGAAUCAAAUAUUUUUUUGUUAGUUUUUAAUCUAAAUGUACUAUGAUGGGUUUUAAGUCUAUUUGUACACAAAAAGAUAAUUAUAACAUUUAAAAAAGCAUGGAAAAAUGCGGACAGAUAAUUCAACUGACCUAAGAGGAUCACCAAAUUGUUUAAGUCCUGAAAAUAAUUUUAUAUACAAAAAGGUACAAUCAAUUUAAUUAUGGCAUAAUAAUAAGAGGAGAAAGACGAGGAAAAGUUAGUUCAGUCCGUCCAAGGGUUAAUCUACACACUAGGUUCAGUAAUUGUUAAGUAAAUGACCGUCGUAAAUGAAUUCAAAUAUUUUUUACGCAUUAUUAGUAAUCUAUUCUACAGACUACUUGUUAUAUAUUUGCUUUUUAUAUUAUUUUAGUAUAAAACGCAAUACAGUUAACGAUUUCUGAAAUUCAAACUUAGAUGCAACAAGCUCAUAAUUUAUAUUUUUACGUGUCACGAGAAAACAAUGAAUAUAGAAUACAUAAAAGUAAGACGUGUAUAGAAUAACUGUUGGACACGUGUCCUAUGUACAGGUCCUAUGUACAGAUUAUGUAUAUGUAAAUGUAUCUCCCGAAUUGAGUUUGAACUUACUACCCUAAAAGAACUGUGGCAUAAAUGCAUAAGAUGUACACUGU